CAUUACCAAUUUUCAUUAGUUUGACGUACGUAAAAAAUUGCGCAGACCAACGUCGCGCCAUACGCGUGUUCCACAGCCGGCUGGCUGAACGCUCGUACGCCCGUCCGCCCGCCUGCCAACCGAGCAACUUCAUUUGAAUGUGUAAUUGAAUCGUGUCUAGUGAAGUGCAUCAAGAUUCAGUAUCGCUCCGCGGCGUAUGUUAUUGUUUCUCUCGUUCUGUUGUAUUGUAAUUACAAUAAUUUUUCUGUGCUGUGGAAAAAUUGUUGAGUAAUCACAAGUGACACCACCACCAGCAGCAACAACAACAAAAAGUAAUAUGUGUUUACAACGCGACAGCGACGACUGUAGAGCACACAAACAACAAAGUUACACACGUGUAAUUUUGUUAUUGUUUUUGUUUCUGUGUUUAUUUAUUUUUUAUUAUUAUUAAUGCUCGUUUUUUUUUGUUGUUGACUAGGUAUUGUCGCGCUGAUAGUGGCAUUCUAAUGCAAAACACUAGCCGUUUUGUUAUUAUUGUGUCUACGUUUUUUUUUUACUUCGAAAUGGAUUUACCAUAAAUACCGCGUGGCAUUUUUUGCGUCUGUUUGAAGAGAGCGGGCAUUGUAUUUGUUAUUGCUAUGAAGAAAUUGUGUCACCUAUCUAAUCUCUAAUCAAGUCCCUGUACAUGUGCCGAAAAAUAUGUAAAUUUGUACAUAGUGAGUGUGAUUGAGUAGAUUAUUAUAAUUUAAGUUACAAUGGAAAGUUUUUAAUUUUAGUGGGUAGAGGACAUCACUGCUCCAAGGAAGAUAUGCUUUGACCGUUGAGCUUAGAUCUGCGCCCGUACCUCUUGAACAACCUCAAAGCUGCGGUUUAGGAGACGGGGAUUGCUUAGAAACAUGGCAUUUGAUGUCUCCCCAAAAGUUUUUUAUGGGGUUGAGAUCUGUGUCUGGCCAUGGUUUUAAAACAAUCUUUUCUUGGCCUUUCGCCAGUUUUUAGCCAAUUGCUGGACUGAGUUCGAUCGUUAUACUGCUGUAAUGUUCGCUUUAAGGUGGACUUACUUACUGAACCAACUGGCAUGAGACAGCAUAGCGUUCCUUAAUAUCUCCACAUACACAUUUUGAUCCAUGAUCCCAUCGAUCAUAUUUGUUGGGCCCACACAGAUAUAAGAAAAAAAGGCCCAUACUAAACUGGUAAGGCCACCAUGCUUUACUGUCUUGACCGUAUAAUUUGGAAGAUACUCCAUGUUCGGGAGUCCACGGACAUACUGUCUAGCAGCUGUUCUACCAAACAAGACCAGUUGGGACUCUUCUGUCUAAUAGAUACUACUAAAUUGGCCAUGAGGUCAUCUACCCACUAAAAUUAAAAAAGUUCCAUUGUUAUAGUGCAUUGUAACUUAAAUUAUAAUAUUCAACUCAAUCAAUCAAAAACAUAUAUCAAAAUUUUUUCGUCGAAGAAAAGCAAAAACUGCUAUUUCAGUGAAUAGCCAAAAAUGCGCGAAAGAGCGUCAAAAAUAUCAAAAACAAAGCAUAAAAACUAAGCAGAUCCAAUGGGAUUUUUUGUUUUUUUUCUAUUCUCUAUAUUCUAUUCUACAAAAACUAUGUGCGAGCGAUCAACUAACGAAAGGGAAUAUGCAAAAAAAAAAACGUUAUAUGUAUAUGUAUGUACAUAUGUGGGUAAAGCGGCAGAGACAAAAACAUAUAAUUGACAGGAAAUGCCGUAAAGUCUUUGUUAGUGUGCUAAAAAUAAAAACUUUUAGCACAAAAACUUCAUAAUUGUGUAUGUACAUAUGUAUGUACAAUAGUAUCUAUUCUGUUGCUGUUCACUUGAAUCAAGAGCAGAAAUGUUUGAAAAUCUGUUUCUGUUUCUGUUCAAUUUGCUACAUCUCAUCAAUUCCACUGCUAGUACGAAUACACAUGCUUACAUAUGUGUAUACAUUGAAAAAAGCCUUAUUACGUCCUCAACACGCGUAACUCACAACUCACCACACCGUGUGGGGAAUAACUUGUAGUAAAAGUGAGAAAGGUUUCGUAUGCAUAUAAAAAGUAAACAAACAUCAGCUGAUUACAAUUUUACAUUUGGAGAGUUUUUUGCUACCGUUAAUUAAACGUGUUUUAUUUGCAGAAUAGGCCGAUAAAGUUAUUUUCUUCGCGCAUUUGUUAGUAAGCGAUUUAUUUUGUUACUCUUUAAAAAUGUGUAAAAUGCUGUGCAGUUUUUUGACUUCCGAAACUUUUCUUAAUCAUGCUGAGUUAUAUAGUAUAUUGAAUAAGAUUUUCUGAAAUUUAUUUGGUUUUUAAAAUUUCCAAAAAGCUUACUCUGUGUAACAUUUUUAACUGUAAGACUAAAUUUUAAGUUGUUAAAAGUUGUUCUGUUCUUAUGAUGCAUAUAAUACUUACAUACAUAUGUAAAUAUUAAAUGUUUCAACGCAAAAACUUAUAAAUCUGCAAUAUCGAAAACAAUCUAAUUUUUUUCUUUUUACCAUUUCAAAGGGUAUCAGUGACAAAUUUUGAUAAGAUUCACCAGUGAUUACGAAAAGCUAAUGGAAUUUACUAUUGAGAGUUACUUUUUUUUUUUUUAAUUAAUUUAUGUAAUUGAUUACUGAUUUAAAAUGCUGAAAUUAAUACAGGCUUUUGUCAAUUUGAAUUACACGAACAAAACAUCUAAAAUACACUUAUUUGCAUUACGAGCGUAUUUAGUCACGAACAUAUUCGAAAACUAUUUGCUUUUUUAUUACUUUUUAUUUAUGUACAAUAUGCUUCCAUAUAAAACUAUUUUUGUUGAAAAUAUUGUCAAACUACAAGGAAUGCAUAUUGUAUUUUAUAUAUUUUAACUUUCAAUAAAAUAUGCAAACAAUUUUUAUACCCUGAACAGGGUAUAUUAAGUUUACCACGAAGUUUGUAACACCCAGAAGGAAACGUCGGAGACCAUAUAAAGUAUAUAUAUAAAUGAUCACCGUGACGAGCUGAGUUGAUUUAUCUCAAAAGCUGCACAUUUGUCGGAACGGCCGAUAUCGGACCACUAUAGCAUAUAGCUGCCAUACAAACUGAACAUUCGGAAUCAAGUGUUUGUAUGGGAAACUCUUUCAUUUGACGAGAUAUCUUCAUGAAAUUUGGCGUGUAUUAUUAUUUUAAGCAUUAAUCUAAUCUCCGAAGAAAUUGUACAGAUCGGAUGACUAUAGCAUAUAGCUGCCAUACAAACUGAACAAUCGGAAUCAAGUGUUUGUAUGGGAAACUCUUUCAUUUGACGAGAUAUCUUCAUGAAAUUUGGCGUGUAUUAUUAUUUAAAGCAUUAAUCUAAUCUCCGAAGAAAUUGUAUAGAUCGGACGACUAUAGCAUAUAGCUGCCAUAUUAACUGAACGAUCGGAAUCAAGUUCUUGUAAGGGGCCUUUGUAUUUGUGAAGGGUAUUAUAGUUUCGGCGCAACCGAAGUUAACGUUUUUUCUUGUUUUUAUAUAAAGAAGUAAAAACAAAAAUUGUAUUUUUCUAAGUGCAAAGUACAUAUUUUUUAGCGUGAUUAAAUUCAAUACCGGAAGUGUUCUUGAAGCGCAUUAGCAGUUUUUAAAUAAACAAUUUUAGAAAAAAAGUCGCAGCAAAGAGAAAAAAUUGACUUAAAAUAGUUUGUUGCUUCACAAAAAUUGCUAUUUUUUUAAAUAAUUUCAAUGAAAUGCAUUAUUUUAACGUAACUUACAGUGCUAAAGUGUUCAUAGCCAAGACAGACACUACAUAUGUGUGUAGUAUUAGUUUUGAUUUUAAAAUAUUUGCACAUAUUUUACCACAAAAUAUUUGCACAUUUUAACUAUUUGUUUAUUUUCUGUUUAUAUUUGCCUGCUAUAUUUAGUACAAUACGUUUUGACAAUAUUUUCGCUCAACAAAUCUAAAUUACUUUAUUGAAAACAUCAUGCUUAUAUAUUUUUCCAGUACGUAGUUAUAUUUCAGCGCUAAUAACUUGUUGUUUAUUACCUUGCUUUAUUGUAACUUCGUGUUUUAUACUCUGCAUGUAAACACAAAUAUAUGAAAAUAAAAAUUGCGCAUGAAAAUAUACUGUUUUCUCAUGUGCUCCCAAUAUGGUAUAGUUGUUGUUAAAGAAAAUCGCUUGCAGUACAACAUUAGUAUGUAAGUAUGUUAUUUUCCUGAUAACAUAGUACAUAACAUAGUUUACGACAUUAUACAAUACCGUAAAAUGCACGAACAUACAUAUUUGUUUUCGAACUCAUUUCUUAUGCCAUUACAACUUUCAAUUCGCUCAGCAAUAUUAUUGGUAUUAUGUAAAUGAGUAUACGACACACACACACACAUACAAACAUUCUUCGCAUGAAAUAAUUACUACUGGUAUAAUAAAGUAUUCGAAAAGUAAUAACAACAAUAUAAUGACACCAACAAACGCUUAGGCUGUGUGAAAUCCCUCACAAAAAGCAAACCGUUAGAACGAGCUACAACAAAAAUAUAUAAAACUGUGUCAUAUUAUAUUGUCAUAAUUCUCCAAUCACCUCUGUAUUACCAACGCGCCCAACCAAUCAAAGUAAUGUUUUUGCCUCCGACUGUGCUAAAUUAAAUCUGUUCGGUAAUCAGCAGCACUUCAAAUCCAACAAGCAAUUAAUUGGAGUACAUGAAUUUAAUUGCGCACAGUUUGAAGCGCACAAAUUCAAAUCGCCAAAUGUGCACGUAUGCCAUUAUCGAAGGUUCAGUGCUCUGUAUCAACGUUGACUUUAUAAAUAACAUAAUCAUAUCAAUUUUAAUUAAUGACUGACUGCCCUAACGGUUCUUCAUUGAUGCGAACGGCUUCCGCUUGGAGUUUUGGCAGCUUAAGUGGCCGUCUGAAUUGGAGCUUUUCUGGUGGUGCUAAUAGGAAUUCAUUUCACAAUCGCAAUAAGUCAACCAGAAAAAGCUUAACAUCGGCACAGCAGCGUCGCUCCAAGACCCAAUGGCAUAAGCCACUUACCAAUGCCAUAUUCAGUUCACAUUUUAAGGAAGCCAGUCGCAACGAUCAAUUCCACAUUAUAGACUUGGUGGCCAAGGGUGCAUUCGGUGUUGUCUUCAAAGUAAUUAAUAAGCGCUACGCGCAAGAAUUGACACAACCACAAACGACUGAAGCCGCAAACAGCUCGGCAACACCAUUACAUCCUGCGCCUAUUUAUGCACUCAAAGUGUUGAAAAAGUCCAAAAUAAUCGAGGAGAACAGUGUGCAGCAAAUAAAAGACGAAGCGGAUAUUCAAAAGUUGUGCGGUCACCAUUCGUUUAUUGUGCAACAAGUGGAUUCAUGGCAGAAUCGUCGUAACUUGCAUAUACUUUCGGAAUAUGUGCCGAAUGGUGAACUCUUCUCUAAAUUAACUCACUUCUCAUUGGAUCUCAUAAGGGUAUAUUUAGCGGAAAUUGCACUGGCUAUUGACUUUCUCCAUAAUGCUGGUGUAAUAUAUCGUGAUGUUAAACCGGAAAACAUUCUGCUGACCGGCAACUUUCACAUAAAAAUAACGGAUUUCGGACUUAGUAAGUGGCUUCGCUUAGGUGCAACAACAAGGACUAUGUGCGGCACUUUCCAAUAUAUGGGUACGAUUUGAACCAAAUGACAAAAGCAAUCCUUGUUAAUAUAAAUAGAAUGUAUUUAACGGUAAAUCCGAUAUAGAAAAAGGGCUACUAAACAAAACAGUUUUAAACCUUUCAAACAACCAUAUUUAAAAAUAGUUUGAUGAAAACGCAGAUUUGUGCAAGAAACAAUAACAAAAGAUAUAGCUAACUGUUAACAAAGCGAACAGCAACAACAAACAAACCGAUAACUGUGUUGAAAACAGAAGAAAAGGAAAAAAUAACAUAUUGUUUAGGAAGAAAAGCACGUAUCAAUUAUUUAGAUACCAAAAACUGUACAAAUUUUGAAUUAAUUUAAUCGGUUCGUUUAAGUUAUUUAAAUGCUUAGUGAAAAAACAUUAGAAAACAUAAGUUUUUGAAAUAAACUGGGGAAUGUGGUGAGAGAAAUUAACUCUUAAUUAGUACCUGUCAUCGAAGAGUGUCAAAUUUCAAACAUAACACCGUCAUCAACUGGUCGCGAACACAUUUCCCCUAUUCCCCAACACGAUGAACGCUCGGUCGCAGGUUUUCGACCUCACCAUCGAAGGGCGGCAAGUGGACGAAGCUGUUGCUAGCAUCUUUCAUACGGUUCUUUUCCAUCGCUGCCAAGGCAAAUACAUGUAUACAGGGGAUGCUCAAUAUUCCAUCGGCACUAUUGGCUACACCGACGUGGAUUGUGAUUUCAUUGAUUUCACAUACGUUUGCUGCACUUCCGAAGGGCUGUUGCGCACCGUAAAACGAGCCGUCAACGUUUUCAGCGAGAAGUUACGUUCAAAUGAAAGUUGCGGUUCCGGCCAAAUAAGCUUGGAAUUCUUUCAGAAGCGCAAAUCGCGCUGGCUCUUCCAGCAAGAGUGUAUACCAUGGGAGGUAUGGACAGUUCAUUUAGAUCUCAUAAAGUAUGAAAAUGAAGACGAUCGCCAACUCAGCAGAGAAAACGUUUCCGAUCUUUUAACUGAAAAAGUUAUAUAUAUCACUGAGCUAAUGAAUCGUUCGGAUUAUGUACCGAAAACGCCAAGUCAAAGUGAAUUAGAUUUGAUUUUCGACACUUCAUAUCCCGAUGUACAGCCGUAUCUCUUUAAGUUUGAUUACACGACUGCUGGCUCACAAACGCCCUCGGUAACAAAUACCGUUAAGAAGAUAAUUAAGGAGACAUUUACGUUGUGACGUGUAAUGCUUGCGAGUGGGCGUAGCCACCGCCAACAAAAGCAGAAACAACAGUCACAACAGCAGCAACAACAGCAUGAAGAGAAACCACAACAGCAAGUAAUCGAAGAAUUACAGCCUGUAUAUGCUAAGGACACGAUUGUUGUGGCCGGUGGAAAGUACUUCAAUAAGGGUACAAGUAUUAUGAUUUCUCAAGUCAGCCGAGCACACUGUAGCAGAGCGUUGAGUGAUGUCAACAUGGAGCUGAACGCGCUCCAAACCACCUGUAUAGGUGCUAAGCAUAGCGAGCGCAAAUCAAUUUUGGCUGUUGUGGGUGGCAUGAUUUUGCUGUUUUUAUGUCAACACAAUCGCCUUGGCUCAUUUUAGUUGCACUCAACCAACCAGUUAUCACGCUGAAUGCUGAAAUACAAUAUACAUUUAAAUAGAUAGUUGCUAAACUCAGCUUAAUUGUUAAUUGUUUACGAUUAAAUGGACUUGUAACGUACGUGUGUUCCACCCUACGCAAACUGAAACGCCUAAAACCAAUUGCAAAGGAGCGCUUGAUUCGUGAGAGCGUAAGCGUAGAAGCGCAAAAAUGAUGAGUGAAAAUUGUGCUAAAUGAGCACCACUAAUUUUGACAAAUCUCAUCAACUCGUUUCAACAAUGUAAUCUGCUUACGCCUUUUUGAUUGUUUUCAAGCUUUAACGUUGAGUGAUGACUAAAUUUUAAAUUUAUCAUGACUGAAGUGUGCCGUAAAAAGUAUGAAUAGAAGCAAAAAAAAAAAAAAAACUAAAAAAAAAGACACAAAAGUGUUGAUGUUUAAAGAUUAACUGCGAAUUAGUCUCAAGCUUCUACGAAAUUUGCACUCGAGCGCUCUCUUGCUGGUUGCUUGUCAGUUUGUGUAGUAUUACCAAGACGCUGUAUAAAGUAUAAAACCCCACAAAAUCAAUAAUGAUAAAUAAUAUUGCAAAUUGCAGCUGCAAUGCUCUUACUAAAUAUGGAAAAUAAUAUUAUUCUGAGUUUCAAGUUUAUCAAUGUAAUUACUCGUAAAUAUAAAGUCGAUAAUGCAUAAAGCGAACAAUGCCACAAUUCAGAAAAGUGUUGUCAUAGCAUUGCCAAUAUUUUUUACAUACAAAAUUUAAAUUGAAAAUUUAAAAAUUUGUAAAAUUCUGUUAACCUAAAAUAUUUUGAUCUUAAAUGCGACAUUGAGUUCAAUAUUUGUUUUAUACACACUAGUGUCUUGAAUUAAUUUUUAUUUAUUAUUAUUAUUUUUUUUUGUCUAUGCACUGGCCUGCAUAAUUAAUUUAGUUUUUUUUUUAUACGUUAUCCAAUAUUAUGUUAUUAAAACUUUUUUAACUUAAAGUUAAGUUGUAUUUUUUAAGUCAGCGUACCUUGCAUAGAAAAUAUAUUAACCUACAUUAAAUUGGGUUACACGGAACUCAUUCUCAAUAAGUUUUGCUUAUAUUUUAUUUGUUAUGAUUUUGUGAUCUUGAUCUUGAUUUGAACUCGUUCAAUUAGAUAUAUAUGCGAAGUUUUUAUUUCUAAGUUCUAUAACUUAAGCCUUAUAAUCACCAGAUGUACAGCUAAAGCGUGUAUUUGAUUUGAACUGCGUAUCCAUGCGGUUGUUCGUAUUCCUUAAGUACUUUUAUAAUUUUUGUUUUGUAAGUUUAAUAUAUAUUUUUUCUACUGCAUGUUCUUUGUAGUAGCAAUGCAAGGGCUAAUGAACUGCUAUACUGUAUUUUAUAAUUUGAUAUGUAACAGCCUAAAAAUAACCACUGUAAGCACGAGCAAUUGAAAAAAAUGUAAAAAUUAUUAAAGUAAUAGCACAAUAAAUGCUAUAGAUUGAUUAUUCUGUUGUAGCGAAUGAAUUAUUAUCAAUUUAACGAAGGCACCAAACCCAACGUACUACCCAUGAUACUAAGUAGUUUACGUUUUUAUGAAUUUUAUGAAAUGAAUUGUAAUAAACACGAUGAAGAAGGAAGUGCGAGUAAUAUGCAUAGUAAAUGUAGAUGUGUUUUAGUGUGUACCAUUGAUGUUGUUCAUUGUUGUGUUUUGUGUAUGAAACGUGAAAAAACAGAAAUGAGAAAGAAAAAAUAUUAAACUUAAAGAGACUCAUGUGUCGAUAAUGUGCUUGCACUUACAGCAACACAUAAAUGAAAUAAAAACAUUUUAAAAUUU